AGUCAUCGGCUGAAGUCGAGCAAAAGGAGUAUAUGUUGCUCUCUCUUUCUCUCCUCUCUUUGCCUCUCGAGCACUGCAAGCAGAGAAAACGAGGGACGGCGGGAUCUUUCAGACUUCCUCGUGUUUUGUGUAGGUUGGUCAUUCGCUUUUUGCUUCGGAUUAUUUUUGUACAUUUAUGUUAUGAUGUUCCGUCUUUUUCGAAGAUAUGGUUCUGAUUUGCUGAUCUCAUCUUGUUAUAUGCGAAUAAAAUAAUAACUUUUGCUUAACUUAUGAAAGAUUGCUGGAGGGAGUGUUUAUACCAUCCAGAGUUGCACAAAGAAAGGAGUUUAAUGGUGAAAGUUUAUCAGUUUCAGCGUUCAAGUGAGCGGAUUGUUUUCCAGGCUAUGUGCAUGGGUUAUUCCUUAAGCAAACCAAGCAUGGAAGGCUACUCAUGUACACCUGAACAGGGACACAGCGCAGCUUCACCCAGACUGGAGAAUUCUGUCUUCAAUGUUAAACAUGAAAUUUUUCAGCUUACUAAGCUGCGGUCUGAACCCUGUGAGGGUUUUAGUAAGGGAAUACUUUCAGGGAAGAAGAUGCCUAUAUCGACAGUCAAAAUGUUAUUUGGAAGAGAGACAAAUUGUUCAGGACAGGGAAGGUUUUCUAUGGCAGAUUGUUCUCAUAUUCUUGGCAGAUAUCUUCCUGUCUAUGGCCCAUGGCCAGUGGACAGAAUGGAUACCCGAGCCUAUGUUUCACAGUUCUCAACUGAUGGUUCUCUCUUUGUUGCAGGAUUUCAGGGAAGUCAUAUAAGAGUGUAUGAUGUUGAUAAUGACUGGAAAGUACGAAAGGACAUUCUGGCAAGAAGCUUGAGCUGGACAAUUACUGAUACAUCCCUUUCUCCUGAUCAGCGCUUUCUUGUAUAUGCCAGUAUGUCACCAAUUGUUCAUAUUGUAGAUGUGGGAUCUACUACAAAAGAGUCACUUGCCAAUGUUACUGAAAUUCAUGAUGGGCUGGACUUCUCUUCACAUAGUGAUGGGGUGUAUUCUCUUGGUAUCUUUUCUAUUGAGUUUUCAGCUGAUGGUCGGGAGCUUGUUGCUGGAAGUAGUGAUGCUUCCAUUUAUGUUUAUGAUUUGGAGGCAAAUAAGUUGACAUCUCGGUUUCCUGCUCACUCUUCUGAUGUGAACACAGUGACUUUUGCUGAUGAAACUGGCAAUCUCGUAUAUUCUGGUAGUGAUGACAAUCUCUGUAAGGUUUGGGAUAGACGUUGUAUAGUCAAAAAAGAACAAGCUGCAGGAGUGUUGACUGGGCAUUUAGAAGGUAUUACUUUCAUUGACAGCCGAGGAGAUGGUCGGUAUUUUAUAUCCAAUGGUAAAGAUCAGACUAUUAAACUAUGGGACAUCAGAAAGAUGUCUUCUGGACCUAAGUGCCCCAGGCCUAGGAUAUCUGAUUGGGAUUAUAGAUGGAUGGAGUACCCAUCUCAUGCGAAACAUCUGAGCCAUCCAAAUGAUCAGUCAGUGGCGACAUACCGAGGCCAUUCAGUUUUACGCACUCUAAUCCGCUGCUAUUUCUCCCCAUCACACAGCACUGGACAGAGAUACAUCUACACAGGAUCUCACGAUAACUGUGUUUAUAUAUAUGACGUGGUAACUGGAGAUCAAGUUGCAAGACUUGAUUGCCAUCAAAUGACAGUCAGAGACUGCAGUUGGCAUCCUUACUACCCUACGCUAGUCAGUUCUUCUUGGGAUGGCCUCAUUGCUAGAUGGGAGUUCCCUGGCAAUGAUGAGGCCCCUGCAUUCAGUAAAAAUAGCUGGGCCGCCAUUGAAGACCACAUGUUCCGUGCACUAUACUUGUAAGUUUGAGUUGUAUAUAUAUUUAUUGUGUUCAUUAACUACCAAAUUGUCUGUGUAUAGUAGAAACAAGCAAUUUUAUGUCGUGAACUGUAUAUAGUUCUAUGAAGUAAACUUCAUGAGUGACGGCCUUAGAUCUAUUACUGUUUAUAUUUGAGGUGAGCAUCCAUUGUUGAACUGUAUACACUUCAGUACAACUUUAUUGGCCAGUAAUGCAUGACAUAUUUUCGCA